AUGACCACAACCGCCACGAUUCUGGAAACUCAACGCGCUCGAAGCGACGACACAAGCAUAGCUCUCGAAUCGAUUGGGGAUAGUUCGUCGAGGCACAGCAACAACGACACUACCUCUGUACUUGCUUUAGACGACACAGCGCCCGAGAAUGCAACCACUGUGAUUCCAGACGGCGGCUACGGUUGGAUUGUCGUAGCGUCCUCCUCGGUCAUAACAUUCUGGUUCUCCGGCAUGACUGGUGCUUGGGGCAUCAUACAAGCAGCAUUGCUAUCCUCGUCGCUCAAAGACACCCCUCCGUCAACGACCGCCUUCAUUGGUAGCCUGGGUAUCACGAUCUGUGUUGCCUUCGGACUUGUGGGCGUCCAUGUCAUGAGACUCAUCAGCGCUCGAUAUACUGCAGUGCUCGGCAUCGCACUGCUAGGCCUGGGAGCCUUGCUGUCCGGCUUCACUACGAGCAAUGUCGCCGGCCUCUUCCAGACUUUCGGCGUCAUCCUUGGAGUCGGCGACUGCCUGUGCUUCACAGUAGCAAACGUCAUGCCUGCUCAAUACUUCAGCAGACGCCUCGGACUCGCCAACGGCCUAGUCAAAGCCAGCGGAGGCAUAGGAGCCACGCUUUUGUCCAUCGCACUCAACUCCCUCAUCGAGAAAGUUGGCAUCGAGUGGACAUUCCGCAUCCUCGGCGCGGGCGUCUUGUGCACCGGCAUACCAGCUGCGCUUGCCAUCAAGGAGCGCACUUCUUUACCCAAUGUGCCUAUCUUCGACUUCUCGCUCCUCAAAGAUAUUCCAUUCGCGGCAAUCUUCCUAGCGGGCGCAACGGUCACAUUCACACUUUUCGUCCCACCAUUCUUCCUCCCACUCUUCGCGAAAUCAAUCGGACUCAACAGCGGCACCGGCGCAGCGCUCGUGGCCUCCUUCAACGCCUGCACUGCCAUCGGACGAUUCAUCGCCGGCCCAGCUUGCGACAAGUUUGGGCCCCUAAACACCUUCGUCGUCGCAGUCGCCCUCAACGCGAUCACCACGCUAGCCAUCUGGCCAGUCUCCUCUGCUCUCCCAUCGCUCGUCGUCUUUGCGAUUCUGAACGGCAUCUCAAACGGGGCCUUCUUCACCACACUACCGACCGUCGUUGUAUCCAUGGUCGAUCCGAGCCGCCAUGCGAUGGGAAUGAGCCUGAGCAUCACGGGCUGGACGGGUGGAUACCUCAUGGGCACUCCGAUCGCAGGGUACUUGCUGGAGGCUGCUGGUGGUGAGGAUGGUGGAGUGGAAGCUUACAGACCUGCGAUAUUCUAUGCGGGUGGGAUCGCAACAUUGAGCUCGGUAUUUGUGUUGGUGGCGAGGAUGGGGAGGGAGAUAAAGGUCUUCAAGCGUGUCUAA